GCCACUCAUAAUAGGAGAAAAAGCAAAAGUAAAAUUGGAAACAAUUCAAAACACAACCAAAAAUUGGGAAGAAGUAGAAGCGUAUAGGCAUAGGAUGGAUUACAAACAACAAAGUAACAAAAAAGAAAGUUGA